UCGUGCCACGGUUGACACAGGUGAGUGCAAUUAAAAGUUGAUCAAGCCCUGCCGCCGUUUGACACCAGAGAACGCAAGAAAGUCAGCGGGACACAACGGUUAUACGUGUCUAAACGCCGAAAAUAUUGCAAAAUGAGUGAUAUAGAACAUCAACAAGAAUCUGAAAAGCCAACCCACCCUGAGUGGCCUGAAAAUGGAGGAGAAUGGAGUGGCAAUGAAGAAGACCCAAACAUGGACUGUCAGCUCCAAGCCAUGGCUGAAGAGGAUGAGGAGAUCAACAUCUAUAAUGAUGAGACAUUUGGGAUGGACAUGGGCACACCAGGUAAAAAUAAAGAUACCAGUCUCCUACAGUUUGCUCCUCCACCGCCAAUGCCUCCUCCAUUGGACAUGAAAACUCCAUCUCUGCGCUGCUCCCCGUCUCCCGCAAGAAGACCAGUGUCCCGGGCUCCUCCAGGACAACGCAGCAGGGGCAGGGGGCUCCAAGGCACGUUGAGCAGGGGGCAGAUGUUUGAAGACCCUGCUGUGAUGAGGAUGGUAGAGGGAAGGCCUAGUAUCAAGACUUUGGACAGCGCUAUUGUGGACUGUGGAAGUGCAUUAUAUCGAAAACCCUUUGAAGUAAAUUGGAUGGGUUCAACUUACAAGAGGACACAGUCAAUACUAGAGGACAGUGCAAUAGUGUGUGUGAUUAAUGGUCGCAGAGGCAGGGGUCAAACUCUGAAUGCUAACUUUAUAGACCUGUCUCCUCCAAUCCCAUCCUUCAAGGGCAGGAGUGGAGAGCCCAGAGGGUCCUAUGCAAGAAGACAGUUCAGCCAAAGAGAGCCAUCUCAGAUUCCUCCUCCUAUGUUACCAGGAUCAACCAUGUUCCCACGCCAGCCUCUGACCCCAAGGCAACAUUUCAAUCAGACAAAUCGGUUCAUGUUUCCUCCAAACCGUCCAUGUCCUUCCACUCCAAAGAUGAUGCAGCUUCGCUUCGGAGCAAAUUCACCGAGACCCUCCCCUUUUUACAGCCCGUCAUCAAACCCAGUGCAGCGGUUCAGGUACUCUGAUCCUGUGACCCAGCUCCACCCUCACCACAAACGGCAGUUGGUUCAAAAGCAGCGUAUGUUCCAGAGAAAAUCAGAAGGCUGGGACCCAUGGUGUAAUGUAAUGACUGCAAAAGAAAAGGAGUGGAUCACUCGACUACAGAUGAUACAGCUGCAGAGUGAGAAUCCCUAUCUAGAGGAUUACUACUACCAAGAGUAUUAUCGACGCUUGGAAGCCAAACUUGCAGAGGAGGACCUGGGCAUCAGGGGGAAAAAGGAGCCUCCCAAACUCACCACUCCUUACAUCACAAAGACUGAUGCAUAUACACCAGUGGUGCACAUUGAAGGCUCUUUGGGUCAAGUAGCUGUAUCCACAUGUUACUCCCCUCGGCGGGCCAUUAGUGCAGUACACGCUGUACCAGCGUAUGGUCAGCACGAGGAACACAAAGACACCAGGCAACAGCGGCUCGAACUCCUUAGUAAAAUAGAAAAGUUGUUUAUAGUGUUGCUGGAGGUGGAGGAGACGGAGAGGACAAAGACCAUUGUUCUGUCUGACACUGAAGAGAGACGAUUGAUUGAGAAGACACAGAGGAAAGUGGACCACAUCUACUUUCAGAUGCAGCACCAUGACCCAUUAAAUUCAACAGUGGAAUUUCUACCUUUCCUGCUGAUUUCAAAGGGAAAGAAGCUAAUAGCUCGCCUUUUACCAUUCCUGAAGCGCGAGCCUUCAUUAAGAAUCCUGCGGAUUGUGACAUGUAACCUGCCUACUCUAAUGAACAGAGACACUGAAGAGUCUCUCCCAGUGCUCUACCCUCCUCUUCGAAAUGUAAUUGGAGGCCUCACCUUCACCCAGCUGAUCGGGGUCCUCAGAGAUCUGACAUCUUCAGAGGCCAUGUCCGCAUAUGAGUGUCUUGCUCUGGCCUGUCAGAACAAGUUUGGUUUGUCCUUACUGUAUGCGCUGCUAUCACAAGGAGAAAAGUUGCUGUCCUCAGGCGUUCCUCUUGAGCCAAGUAUUGGUGACUUUGAGGCCUGGACUGACACAAUUUACCAGGUGGCUGGACAGCUGUCCCACUGCUCUUUAGUUGAGCCUCUGCUCCUGCCUUCAAACUUACUCACACUUUUUUGCCGUUACCUGGACAAGCGCACAGUGCACCAGCUCAAAAGUAAUAUGGAGUCUGCCACAGGAUGUCUGGCACUUCCAUCUUAAGGUGAACGAUAAAACGUGCUUCCCUGGUUAUCGUGAGGUCUAUUGAGCAUGGCGUUGUCAUUAUGUUAAUGUUAACGCAUAUUAACUUAAUCUUACAGAUUUUUUUUUUCUUUAAUUUGUCCACCCUUCCAUUAAUCCUACACUUUUUGAUCACUUUAACUGUUUCCAUUUUAUUUUCUUAUUGUUUUACCUUCCUCUCUUGUGUCUCCAGUAGGUUGCGUACAGCGUAUGUGAUUUCUAGAUUGUAACCGCAGUCUGGGAGCACAGGGUGCGAUUUGCUAGUACUGCCCAACCAUUGUAAAUUAGCUAAAUUAACCAAACAUUUAUGUAAAUACCACUCUCAUUUACAAUUUGAAGGUUCUUCUAUUUGAUAAACAGUAGCUUGGCUUUUGGUGACCAGAUUGAGGACUGUGUUGUAACAUAUGAUUGUACAACUACUUGUUAUGAGGACCACACAUAACAGCUAUGAAGUUUUGGGUUUUUGUAAAAGGAUGUGUACAUUUUGUAAUAAUACUAAAUGUGUAUUUUGAAAUCUCUCUUAAACAUUUAAGUUGUAAAGAUUUUUAUUUCAUUUGGAAACUGCUUAUUUAAAUUGCACCAUUGUAGAGCACUUGCAAUAUAAAUAAAAGUGUAUAAAUACUCAUCAGUACACAA